AUGUCUGCAAUCUACAGUACAGGACUCUCUGCGGCAGGGAGCGACGCCCGCACCAAUGUUGUGUAUGCCACAGAUCGUUUGAAGGAGAAAUUUCCCGCUCCGAUCCCAUCUCAAGAGCUCAUAGCAUUUGUCCUACCGGCGCAUAAACGCAACGACGAACAAGCUGUGAAGCUCUUGAAAACACUCUUGAACGUCAAUCCCAAGGUUAUCUUUGAUGCCGUCACUGAUAGCUACACCUUCAAACCUCUACACAAUAUCUCUUCGGCAGACGAUCUUAUGCGAUACCUACAGAGUCAAGAAACUGCAAUGGGUAUUCAAGUACGGGAGUUGAAAGAUGGGUGGCCAAACGUUGAGGAGACGAUUGACAAAUUGGAGAGUGACCACAAGCUUCUGGUCACAAGGAACAAAAAGGACAAUCACCCAAGAAUGGUUUGGGCAGAUGACCCGACGCUGAUUGCUCCAUUAGAUCAAGAUUUCAAGGAUAUCUGGGCUCAAAUCCCGCUUCCCACAGUGGAGGAUACGAUAACCCAAUUGACCAAAAUGAACUACAAGUCGACGGGUGCACCAGCUCGGACAGAUAUAGGACCAAAGGUCGAGAAGAAGAAGAAAAAGGUCCGAAGAGGGAUCAAGGUCACCAACGUCCAUAUGCAAGGACUGUUCAGGGACUAUUCGAAUCAAAGACCACAGGGAACAAAGUAG